UUCAUUAUGUAAAAUAUGCCAAACAGAAAAAACACUGUUUAAUUUAUCAAUAAAACACUUACGACUUUAUAAAUACUGUUAAUGAAUGAAUAAUAAAAUGCGCAAAGGAAAAUCUGGAUUUGAGAACUUUAUGAAAUUCUUUCGGAAAAACAGAAAAACCGCAGACUCAAAGGCACCAGAAAUUAUAAAAUCAGCAAAGAAGAGUACUGAAUAUAUUACUUCUCAUUCUGGAAAAGUGACAGAUAAGAAAAAUUUCAACGAAGUAUCGGAAGGAAAAAGUUAUAAAGUUAUUAAACAACCUGAAAAAUUUACAAUUGACGAAAAAACAAUACUGAAUACAACUUCAUUUUCUAAAAAUGAAAAACUCACCCCUACCUUAAUAGACGACAGAAUUAAUUAUCCUAAAGAAGUCACUGAAAAUAAAGUGACAGAAACAACUACGGAUCUAGUUGAUUUUCAGAAUUCAUUAAGCAAAAUAACUGAAAUUACAUUAGCAAAUAUUUUAAACAGAUACAAUAAAGUGCCAUCAGAUUUUCAUAUCAUACAAGAAAUUUAUGAAAAAAUAAAAGACGUGCUUAAUUCUCGAUUACAAGAAGAUCCGAACUCAAAAACGUUUGAAGAUUUUUAUAAUUUAAUGGCAGAUGAUGAAAUAAUGGAAACGGUACAGCGCGUUGCAGAUGAUAUCAUGAGAGAUCGUAUGAUUCAGAAUGGAGAAACCAUUAAUCGUUUUGAAAUGGUUGAAAAAGUAAAUGAAGCCUUGUGUGAAAAACAAAUUAUGCACGAGAGAUCAAUAACAGUAACACCUGAGCUUGAAAAAGAAAGGGCAAUGAUUAAAUACCAAACAUACCUUAUACCUCAAGAGGAAAUGGAUGUUAAAGUUUCAGCGUGUGAACGCUCGAAAACUGUUGCAAAUAAACAACUAAGUUUUCCAAAAUUUACAUCUGAAGAAAGAAAUGAUUCUCUACGCCUAAAUAAUCAAUUUUCAACUGUUACGAAUAUAAUUCCAGAAGGAAAUCUAAUUGCAUCUGAAAGCGAUGAGAAAGCUUUAUGUAAUGAAAAAUUAAAUCCCACUCGACAUUCUUUAAUAGAAAAUGGUGAAAUCUUUGUAUCAGGUGCAAAUUUAAAUCCCGAUCUGCAAUCACUGAAAACAAAUAAGGAAAAGAGCUUUAUACCGCUCGUUGAUAUCGUAGUAAAACCAACUUUUGAAAAUGACAAAGAAGUUAUCUCUGCUGAAAACGUAUUUUCAGAUCCUUCUCUCGGUGCUCUACAAAAUAAAGAAAGUUUUGUUUCAAGAGCAAAUAUUACUCUAUCACAUAAACACGUGGAAAUGCCAGAAAAUAAGUAUGAUGAAUCAAAAGAGAACAAUAAAUUGAAGUACAAUGGCAAAGGGCAUUCCGUGUCGAAUGAAGGUGAAUUGUAUUCAACAACAGGCCACCAUAAAACUUUAAUGUCACAAGACGAAACGAACUUUAAUGUUAAAACAGUCAGUAAAUCCGAGAUUGCUAAUGAAAAACGUUCAUUAAAUUCACCUUAUAAUAAAAAAUAUAUAUCUGUAGCAAAUAUAAAUUUGAGGCCAACAUCAGCACAAGAAUCAGAUAAGAAGGAUGAAGAAAUAGUAAACAAAAAUGAAGAUAACUGUCGUAAUUACUAUGGUCGAUCAACAUUAUCAGAAUUUCAAAUUGCUGAAACAAAGCAAAAAUCCAAUACCAAAACUAAAUCCACUCCUUCGCAAUUAAAUAAAAGUACUGUAGUUUUGGUAAACGAUAUGUCUGAAAAACAGUUUUAUUCCAUACGAAAUAGGCAAGAAGAAUCUUUAAUAACUACCGACACGGCUGCAGAAAGCAUAAAUGACACAGAUUACAAGAUUCAUACUAAUGAAGGUUACAAUACUAAACUGAGAAUAUCUGUUUUGCCAACAAACCAAGUGAAAAAAGAUAUUUUUGAUAACAAAAACGAAUUAGAGAAGAAAGAAAAUGAAAAUGUCGAGGAACCUUAUAAUGAACCAAUUUCUUUUCAAUUUCCUUAUUGUAAAUCAGAAUUAUCAAAUGUAAUGAAAUUGGAUGAUAUUGAAAAAGCCUGUGUUGAUACUAAUAAAGAAUCAUCCGUAUCAUCAACAUUAAAAGAGAAAAAAGAAACUUCGCUUACAUCAGACACUACAAAGUUAUCAUCGAAUAGGCAUUUUCCUUCACAAAAUGUUAAAAUACGACAAAAUUUAGUUUGCGCCAAACUCAUGUUUCCUCUAAAGAAAACUCAGAAUGGAGAAAGGAAAUUUGAUUGUAAGGAUCUAAUACAAUGCUCAACUUCAUUUCAUCAAAGUGAUCAAAGCAGAUAUCAAUUUAAAGAACGUCAUUAUUCAUCAAACGAAGAAAAUAGAGAUACAAAAAAUUUUGGGAAAAUUAAAAAUAUAUCUCAUUGCACGAGUUAUCCAUUGAAGAAAUGUUCUGGAGAAAUAAUUACAAGUGCUGAUAUGAAUAGAGACAUAAGAUUACAACAAAAAGAGAUCAGCAAAGAUUGGAGAUUACACAGUGAAACGAAUAUAAAGCAACGUGCUUCACAUGAUUCGAAAAACACAGCAUUGUGCACUAAUACUCUAUCCCAAACAGACAACAGUAAAGAAGUAACUUCAUCACACCGAAAUUAUGAAAAAAUUAAAACCGCCCAAACACUAACACAAAGUAAUAUCAAUCAAAAUAAUACUUCGUUACCACACUGUAAAGAAAAUCCAUGUACUUCAAUUGGUUCUUCUACUAUUACUGUAGAAGCAUCAUCACCGUCGAAGAAUGCAAGUUUUGCAGUGCUUGCAUCAUCUACCGCAUUAAAUUUAAUGGAAAAUGUAAUAGUCGAAAAUAUAGAUUACAAACAGGCAAACUUGGACUUGCAAUCAGCAAUUUCACAUGAUUACGUACGUUGCGAAAAUGUCAUUUUUGCUACUAGUUGUUAUCCAGAAAAUCUUCCGGUUAAUGUCUCAGCAACAGAAACUUUAAACUCUAGCAUAACAAUGCAGAAUGAGCAAUGUUACCGAUCAUGUAAUAUUCAACCUUUCGAAACAGUAGUAGAAGUAUAUUCUUCACCACGUUUACCAGAAGAAGGCAAUUUUCAUAAAAUGGAAACCACUUUAAAUGCUGUAACCGUAAGCCCAAAAGAAGUUCAUCAGUGUUUAAGAGCUACAGUGGCAAAAGAAUGGAAAACUAAUCCCAUUCUUCAACCUGAAAUAUAUGCCCUGUGCCAAGAAAGAAUCGACAUUGCAACACGUCAGUCUAGUUUGUAUAUAUCGAAAUUGAAAAAUUUAGGAAAUAUUUCGAAAAAUGAUUUAAUUGUUGUGACAGAAGAUUUACCAAAUCACCACAGAAAUUAUUCUGAAAAUAAUGGAAUAAUUAAUGAAAAAGUACAUACUUUCGAAAUUCAGGAAGCAUACAAGAAACAUCCCGAUAAUAAUAAUUAUUAUUUUCGGGGAGGGUUUCAUGCUGACAGUAGAAUGAAACUUGAAAGAAACUGUGAAUUAUAUCUGGAACCUGCUGAUGAAAUUCAUGAAGUCAGCAGCAAUAAUGAGAAGAAUAAGCUUAAAAAUCUACAAACGUCUUCCCGUGUACAAAAUAGUAAAACCCAUUCUCACAUUAACAACAAAGAUAUGAUUUUUAAUAAAAUGAGCAAACGUAAGAAAGAACGGAAAAUCAACUCUAUAGGAACGGACGAAACAAAAUUGAAAGUUUCGCCGAAAUUGUGUGAUUUUGAAGUUUCCGCUGGGAAGAAAAAUCUAGAAGUAGAUACUCUGGAAGUAGUUCCAAUGGAGCGUAACAGAGAACAAUUCGAUUUAGAAAAACGUAAUUCAAAAUGGCUACCAUACAUGGCAAGAAAGAAUAAUAAUUGGUGCAACGUUGCGAUUCAAACAGAUGAAAAUGAUCCAAAACUGAAAUAUUCUAGAAAUGUCAAACAGGAAAUUACUGAAAGAGGAAAAUUUCAAAACAUGCCAAAGAAAAUAGAAGAUAACUUUGAUUUCGAAUUAAACAAAAGAAAAAUUAAAUCGAAGCAUCAAAAUGUGAAGAAUGAUCAAAUUAAAAUAAAGAAGUUAAAAUCGUCAAGGAAACACGACAAUUUUGAGAAUUCGAAGAAUUUUCUGUAUCCAAUUCUAAAUAUUGGAAUGAAAUUUUUGGAAAAUCUAGAAAAUUCAGAUAAAUAAAUUAAAAAAUUCACUUUUAGAAACUAUUUUAUGAAACGUACUUUUUGGCUCAUUUGUUGGAUUCGAUGAAAUCUCUUA